GCGGGCAGUUUCCUUUUUCAGACGUCGAGAACAUAUCUAUUCUGGACUCUAAUCCCAUCUGGAAUUGACGUGAUUACGUGUAACGCAAAGCUCUCAGCUCUCGGCUGCAGCGCUGCUGCGCAGCCUGCUGGGCGGCGAAUGGCUCAGGAUCGCUUCCAAACAUGCCUAUUGCAUUCUGCUUCCUGCUCUCGGUACAUGAAUAGGCUGUAAGAAGAGUGCAACUUAUCACCGAGCACAGGAUGGGUAUCUGUUUUCUUCUGUUAGUUAUAGGGGUUUGCUGGGCACAGUACAACCCUAAUACUCCUUCUGGGAGGACAUCUAUUGUGCAUCUGUUUGAAUGGCGCUGGGCAGAUAUUGCUCUUGAGUGUGAACGCUAUUUAGCUCCUAAUGGAUUUGGAGGAGUUCAGAUUUCACCUCCAAAUGAGAAUGUUAUCAUUACUGACCCCUCACGUCCAUGGUGGGAAAGGUACCAGCCCGUCAGCUACAGGCUAUGCACACGAUCUGGAAACGAAACUGAAUUUAGAGACAUGGUGACUAGGUGCAACAAUGUUGGAGUACAUAUUUAUGUGGAUGCAGUAAUCAACCAUAUGUGCGGAGCUAAUGCUGGUGCUGGCGACUAUGCUACAUGUGGAAGUUAUUUCAAUGCAAAGACUGAAGAUUUUCCAGCUGUGCCAUAUUCUAGUUGGGACUUUAAUGAUGGUAAAUGUAAUUCUAGAAGUGGAGAUAUUGAGAAUUACCAUGAUAUAGCUCAGGUCCGAGACUGCCGCUUGGUUAGCCUGCUUGAUCUGGCCCUGGACAAGGACUAUGUACGCUCAAAAGUUGCUGAGUACAUGAACAGCCUCAUCGCUAUUGGUGUAGCAGGCUUCCGAAUUGAUGCUGCCAAGCAUAUGUGGCCUGAGGAUGUGAAGGCAAUUUUAGACAAGCUGAAAGAUCUAAAUACUACGUGGUUUUCUGCAGGAACUAAACCUUUAAUUUACCAGGAGGUAAUUGACUUGGGUGGAGAGCCGAUCAAAGGCAGUGACUACUUUGGAAACGGGCGAGUAACGGAAUUCAAAUACGGUGCAAAACUGGGGACAGUGAUCCGCAAGUGGAAUGGAGAAAAGAUGGCCUACUUAAAGAACUGGGGAGAAGGCUGGGGCUUUGUGCCUUCCGACAGAGCCCUGGUCUUUGUGGAUAAUCAUGACAACCAACGAGGGCACGGGGCUGGUGGAUCUUCCAUUCUAACCUUCUGGGAUGCCAGGCUUUAUAAAAUGGCAGUUGGUUUCAUGCUUGCUCAUCCAUAUGGGUUCACACGCGUGAUGUCAAGUUUUCGCUGGCCAAGAUAUUUUGUAGAUGGGCAGGAUGUCAAUGACUGGGUUGGGCCACCAAGUAACGCGGAUGGAUCAACGAAGCCUGUUACAAUCAACGAAGACACCACCUGUGGCAACGAUUGGGUUUGUGAGCAUCGCUGGCGUCAAAUAAGGAACAUGGUUAUCUUCCGUAAUGUGGUGGACGGUCAGCCUUUCUCCAACUGGUGGGACAAUGGCAACAAUCAAGUGGCUUUUGGCCGUGGUAAUAAAGGCUUCAUCGUUUUCAAUAAUGAUGACUGGCAUAUGAACGUCUACUUGCACACUGGACUGCCCGCUGGUACCUACUGUGAUGUUAUUUCUGGACAAAAGGAGGGCAACAAAUGUACUGGAAAGGAGGUGUACGUUUCUGGCGAUGGAAUGGCUAAUUUUGACAUUAGUAACAGUGCUGAAGAUCCAUUCAUUGCAAUUCAUGUUGAUGCCAAGUUAUAACUCAAAGAGGAGUGU